UCACAUUGCAGCUCCGGAGUUCCUGCGUGGAAGGGAAAAGCGAGACGUGGCGAACUCGGGUGAAUAUCUGCAGCCUGCGUGUAGUAAUCUGUGAAUCCUUCAGCUGUAGUCCUCGGGAAGUGUUGUCCUUUUCUUUUCCCACCCCUCCUCUCUUCUGGUCGGGGGCUAAAUGGGGGAUCACGCAUUCGCCCUGCAGCCGCCCGGUCCCUCUAACAUCAUAUCCCUGUCGGACUGGUCCCAGUUCCUCAGAUGCUACGGCAGCAGUCCCAGUCCCAGUAAUAACUCCUCGUCUCUGUUUCCGCCCGUUUCAGCUCCGCACACCAUGCAGGAUGAUUUACUGAUGGACACAAACAGAGCCCAGUCUCACCAUCAGCAAGACCCGACGCGAGCAGACCCUCCUCCCUCCACCUCCACCCCGACCCCGGCAUCGGAGCCCACUUCUUCCUCCUCGGAGUCGGAGAGCCCGUCCACCGGGUGCCACCGAGCGGCUUCUUCAGCGCUGACUCCCAGCAGCAGGGACGCUCCGGGGCCGAUGGAGUCGCCGAUCCUGCCCGGGUUGAGCUUCCACCAGCAGCCGCUGCAGGAGACCGGCGGGCCCCUCUCCUCCCCGUCCUCCUCGUUCGGGAGCACCUGGUCCACGGGAACCAGCAACGCCGCGGACGACAGCUUCUUCCAGGGAGUACCGUCGGUGAACGGCACGAUGCUGUUCCAGAACUUCCCGCACCAUGUCAACCCGGUGUACGGGGGCAACUUCUCCCCGCAGAUCGGCCUGGCUCCGCAGUCCCAGCAGCAGCAGCAUCAGCAGCCAGCUCCGCAGCCGCAGCAGCCCCAGCAGAGGAGGUCUCCUGUCAGCCCCAGCCAGGGCCCUUUCCCCCAGAGGAACGCUUAUCAGACGGUCAUGAAUAACGGCAAGGGGUCGUCUUCUCCUGCCUCGUCGUCCGCUUGGAAUAAUCACCAGAACGCCGCUUGGAGCACGGCCUCCAACCCGUGGAGCGGGCUGCAGGCGGGCAGGGACCCGCGCAGAGCGGUGGGCGUCGGGGGGCCAUCACCCAUGAACCCCAUCUCCCCCAUGAAAAAGUCCUACACCAGCAACAUUAUAGCACCCCCCAAAUUCCCAAGACCCGGUCCCCUCACCCCCAAGCCCUGGAUGGAGGACAGCGCCUUCAGGACUGACAACAGCAACAACAUACUGCCUUUCCAGGACCGGAAUCGGCCCUUUGAUGCUUUUAGCUUGCACUCUUUGGAGAAUUCCUUAAUGGAUAUGAUAAGAACUGACCAUGACAAAGGUAAACCACACCCUGCCGGUGGCCCACCAAUGACUAUCGCUGAUAUUAUAUGGAGGAAUCAUUUUGCAGGACGUAUGGGCCUCAACUUUCAUCAUCCCGGAGCAGAGCACAUAAUGCCAUUGAACACCCGGAGCUAUGGCCGUAGAAGAGGUCGUUCUUGCCUUUUCCCCUUUGAAGACGGUUUCCUCGACGAUGGCCACGGUGACCCCUCCUUGACCCCGGGCCUGAACUCGCCGACCCGCUGUCAGAACGGAGAGCGGAUGGAGCGCUACUCCAGGAAGGUCUUUGUUGGAGGACUUCCACCCGACAUAGAUGAAGAUGAAAUCACCAACAGUUUCCGUCGCUACGGGCACCUGGUGGUCGACUGGCCCCACAAAGCUGAAAGCAAAUCCUACUUCCCACCCAAAGGCUACGCCUUCCUGCUGUUCCAGGAAGAGACCUCUGUCCAGGCUCUAAUUGACGCCUGCAUCGAGGAGGAUGGCAAACUGUACCUGUGUGUGUCCAGUCCCACCAUCAAAGACAAGCCGGUCCAGAUCCGUCCCUGGAACCUGAGCGACAGUGACUUUGUCAUGGACGGCUCCCAGCCCCUGGACCCCCGCAAGACCAUCUUUGUUGGAGGAGUGCCGCGGCCCCUGCGUGCAGUGGAGCUGGCGAUGAUCAUGGACCGGCUGUACGGCGGCGUGUGCUACGCCGGCAUCGACACCGACCCGGAGCUGAAAUACCCGAAGGGAGCCGGCCGCGUGGCCUUCUCCAAUCAGCAGAGCUACAUCGCCGCCAUCAGCGCUCGGUUCGUCCAGCUGCAGCACAACGACAUCGACAAAAGGGUGGAGGUGAAGCCGUACGUCCUGGACGACCAGAUGUGCGACGAGUGCCAGGGGGCGCGCUGCGGGGGGAAGUUCGCUCCCUUCUUCUGUGCCAACGUCACCUGCCUGCAGUACUACUGUGAGUACUGCUGGGCCAGCAUCCACUCGCGAGCCGGCCGCGAGUUCCACAAGCCCCUGGUGAAGGAGGGGGGGGACCGACCCCGACACGUGUCCUUCCGCUGGAGCUGAGGGGGGGAAGGGGGGGUUCGUAAGUCAACUCCGCCCCGGUGAACCCACACCUGACCCCUAAAAAAAGAGAAAUAAAAGGCCUCCUGCUAUCCCACAGCCUGGGACAGUACUGCAACACCCCCCCCCCCCUCCCCUCCCACGAUAC